AAAACAUGAUUUGUAAACUUUACAACUGGUUCUUUCUUAAUUGCUUUCGACGUAUUGUAAAGUUGUAUUGGGCAAAACGUGUUUUAAAAAAUAAUCAAAACGUACCCUAAUUUAUUAAACUAUAUUAAAACAAAUAAUUUGUGUGGUACGAAAUAAAGUUUUCCAACGCUCUCCUAAUGACAUUUAGGGUCCCGGAUAUUUCCUGGAGUUGUUUUCGCCGUGUGUGGGAGUGAGAGUGAACCCAGAAUAGCCUCGGUGAUCCUCCUCACUGCCCCCUGCUCUCCCUCUGAGCUGAGCUGACCGGCUGGACGCAGUCGGCUGCAAAUAGUUUGUGAAAACAUUUCGAAGCGGAAGAAGCAGCGAUGAACCGACCAGGUUUUGGUGGAGCUUCUUCAUCUGUGAACUUCUCUGCAAGGAUAACAGGGAACGGAUGUCCACACACAGAGCUGAGAGAGAACGACCUGGACAAUCUACGUUUUGAACUCGCAAAGACAGAGGAUGAGAUUCAGACCUUAAGGCAGGUGCUUUUGGCCAAAGAAAAGUAUGCAGCAGAUAUCAGGAGCCAGCUGGGAAUGGGUCCUCUUGCCAACGUCAAGCAGAACCUGUCCAAAGGCUGGCAAGAAGUCCAGACGUCUGCCCCAUACCUCACAGCCUCGGCUACCCUGGAGGACAUCAGCCACUCAAAUGUAUAUGUGAAGACAAAGGACAGUCUGUCCCAUGCCGGUCAGGCGACGUCCGCCGCUCUGUCUUCUGUGGGCGUGGUCAUCACCAGGAGGCUGGCACAGAUGAGAGCCCUUCCUCUUCCAAGCCCACCACGCACACUGAAUCACUCCAUGAGUGUCCCAGCUAUGAGACAUUCCUCCACAUUCAAGUCUCUGGAAGAAAUGGUCGUGAAUGUGAAGGACAAAAUGACUGGAAGUCUGUCCAACAAUGGAGACACAUCCGGGUAUGAAAGAAGAUUCGGGCGCAACCCAUAAAAUGAAGCAAUCCUCGCUGACACGA